GUGGCCUGUGAGAGGUGACGGGUCCCGGGUGCCGGUAAGGGCCAGGAAGGUUAGCGCGCAGUGAAGGUCUCACUGAAGGUCUCUGCGAUGAAUCGCGCACUGAGUAGAGUGUCAGCUCUUCUGCUGCGGUCCAGGCCGGGCUGCCGGUGGGAGAGCCAUGCCAGCGGCACCCCGGAGUACGUGGAGGGGCUGGUGAAGAAGAAUAAGGUGGUGGUGUUUAUUAAGGGCACCCCGGCCCAGCCCAUGUGCGGAUUCAGUAACGCGGUGGUGCAGAUUCUCCGCAUGCACGGGGUGGAGGGCUAUGCGGCCUACAAUGUGCUGGAGGACCAGGACCUCAGGCAAGGGGUAAAGAGUUUCUCAAAUUGGCCCACCAUACCUCAGGUUUAUUUGAAUGGAGAGUUUGUAGGUGGAUGUGAUAUUCUACUUCAAAUGCAUCAAAAUGGCGACCUGGUGGAAGAAUUCAAAAAGCUUGGAAUUCGCUCUGCUCUUCUAGACGCAGAGUCCAGCCAGGAGGAGAAGAAGUAAGGCAAUGGGUGCGUAAUGAACUGUUUGUAUAACAGAAGGAUUGUGACCAGCCUACUGACACCGGAAAAGCCUUAUGUGUUAUGUGAAGAGGCACAGCUGAUAAUGACAAACUCUGCUAAAGUGGAAGAUCUGUCUAAAUCCUGGAAUUUAAAAAAACGUUUCACGGGUUGGUUUGUUUAAAUUACCGUACCCAGCCAUGAAUGGAUUUAAAGUCUGUAAUAUAUUUAGAAAAUGACCACUGUUCUACAAUGUUUAUCACACUAGAAUGUAUUGUAAACAAUAAAUAUAUUGAAUUAUUAUAUCGAUUACAAAA